AUGCCCGACUGUGGUUCAAUCGUGGACGGGGUCGUGCGAUAUCCUCCCUCUGGAAUCAAUGUCGUCAUUAAAGGCGAGGCGAUCUCCGAGGCCGGCGAUGUUAUCAGACUCGGGCCUAACAGCUAUGCCACCUUGAAGGAGUAUCCGAAGAUGCUCCAGGAAUGGGACCAGUUCGCCUUUGACCCCGAGUCGUGCUUCUGUCACCGCGACGGGCGAUUCGCCGUUUCAAAGACCGAAUUCGAGCAUCAUCUGCCGGGAGUUGCUACACAUGUGAUUUGGCCCAUCAGAGCCAAGCCAAUUGUCAGCCGACGAGAUCUUGCCAUGAUGUUCCUUGGCCAAUGUAAGCGAUUGGGAAUUCCUGUGACAUAUGGUGUAGACAUCACCCGUUACUCGGAAGAUGAGGGGGGUACCGCCACCGCCCACGCCAAAGAUGGCCGCAGCUUCACCGGAGAUGUUGUGAUCGCGGCAGAUGGCAUCGGUUCCAAGAGCUGCAGUGUGACUCUGGGCAAGCCGGUUCGCGCCGUGAGCACAGGUUAUUGUGCUGAUCGUGUCAUGUACUCGACCGACCACAUAAAAGAUGCCCCUGCUCUGCAGAAAUCGAUUACCGAACUCCAACGACCUCAGCUACGCAUGUAUACAGCACCUGACAUGUACAUCGUCUUCCUCCUCUCAAAGACUCACAUUUUUCUCGGCAUCACACACAAGGAUGAUGGCACGGCUGUGGAAUCCUGGUCAUCGACCGUGACCCCCGCGCAGACGGCGGACGUGAUGCCCGACAAGGAGGGCUGGGACCCCGUUCUCAUGGAGGCGAUUCACAGCACCCCACCCAACACUGUUGUGCGAUGGAAGCUGUGCUGUCGUAAUACCCAACCAAAGUGGUACUCUGAUGGCGGUCACAUCAUUCAGCUUGGUGACGCAGCCCACAGCUUCAUCCCAUCAUCUGGAAACGGGGCAUCCAUGGCCCUUGAGGACGCCAUGUCGCUUCCCGAAUGCUUGAGGUUGGGAGGUAAAGAUCAAAUAGCCCUUUCAGUUCGAGCUCACCAGCUACUCAGAUAUGAACGUACUUCGCUUCUGCAACACAACGGUUUUGUCAACAGGCGUCAGGUCCACCGUGACAUGAACGAGAUUCUGAAAGAUGAAAGGCAGCCCAUGCUCCUCGGGAAAUGGGUCUGGACUCACCAUGCUGAAAAGUAUGCCACAGAGAACUUUGAAAAGGCGUAUUCGGCAGUCAAACUCGACAAGCCAUUUGCAAACACCAAUUUGCCUGUGGGUCACGAAAUGCAACCUUGGAGUAUCGAAGAUGAGGAGGAGAAGGAGAGGUCUGGGGUUUUUAUUGAAGACUUAAAGAACACUGGUGACUGGGGCUUGGCAUGA